AUGUGGGGUCGCGUGCUGCGAUCUUUCAUAGAGGAGGACGAGAACGACAAGCCAAAGUCGCUUUCCUCCUCUUCCACGCCGUUCUCUCCCUCUCCCUCCUCCCCUUCAUGGCACGCUUCGUCUUCUUCUUCGUCUCUCCCUCACGAUUCCGCUGCGCUUCCACAUCUAUCGGCAGGAAAGUCUGGGAAGCUGUCCUCGGCAGCUUCCUCUCCAGUAUCCGCGGUUUCUGCCUGCGCAGAGACACCUUCGUCCCCAACUUUGUUCCCCGCUUUUUCGUCUUCUAGCGAGGGUUCCUCGCACAUCCUGACCUACCGAGACAUUCUUCAGGCUCAGCAGACCCCAGCGAGUCCAGAUCAGACAGCCGCUGGCGCAGCUGGGGGACCGUCCGCGCGAGCUGGCAGUGUCUGCCAGCCUGCGAGUGUACGUACAGCUGAGGAGAGCGCCGCGCAGAGCACGGUUCACUCCUCCUCUUUCAGUCGCUCCGCAGGAGACGAUGUAGCUCACGUGAGAGCGCCUUCUCCCGAUGGCAAGGAACAACCUGCGAAGGGCGCAAGUUUAAUUCCGAUCGACGCCGCGUCCCUGUCGCGAGGCCUUGAUGGGAAAGAGGAGCGCGAGAAGAUGAUUCACGUCGCUCGCCAAGCGUCUGUUUCCCUCCCUCCGCGCCGGCGUUUUGUCUACACGCAGUCGUGGCAGAGAGUGCAGGGCGAGGAUGUUGAACUGAUAGCUGGAUCCAGCGGGACGCGCGGGAAUGAAGUAUCUGCCUUCUCUUCUCCGCUCGCUGCGGCUCUCGCGUCACCCCCACCGGUGUAUCUGCCUACGCAGCGGCCAGGUAGAUGCGAAAUUAUCCCGGCCUCCGCUUUAUCCGCCUCGGCUUCUCUCGCCCUUUUCAACACCCAGUCUGGUUCGCGUUCUGCCUCACGCUGCCCCUAUUCGCCGAGUCUCUGCGCUGCCUCCUCCUCGGGGGCUGGCUCCGACGAGCGCCCCACGGUGCUGGUUACUCUGAAGAAGAGGAAGCUACGACGACACCUUGAGGACAGCGAAGAUGAAGGAUCAGACAUUCCCGGAGAGGGCGACCAGGAGCGGCUGCGGGCCCCGUGUGCCGCGUCCCUCUUUGGGAAGGCGCCUCCAUCUGCGUCUUCGUCGGUAUCUUCUUACGGAUCGUCGCCCGCUGACUUGUCGUUGUCGCUCAGCGAAGAGGGGCGCGCGCGCGACCCCCAGAAGCCCUGCACGUCCAGCGACGGCCAUCUCUGCACUCUGCAGCUCUCGCGGCUUGCUGAUGCGUCGCCUGCCGGUGCUGAGGCGCCUCCAGCAGGCGGCGAUUUUCUUCGAAGACAGAGGGAAAGUGGAUGUGCGUGUUUGAGCCCCGAGUUGAUCGUUGACCUGCCACAGGCGCCCGGCGUGUCGAUUGUGGAGUUCCGCGCGGCGGACUGCGGCGUCCGCCACUUCGCACCCGACUUUUAUGCAUCGCCCAACGCGGCGCCUGCGCGACCGGAGGAGAAGGCUAGAGACGCCGCGCAGCAGACGGCGACAGAGAGCGCGUUCGGGGCGAAUGUGUUCCUUGCGCACAAGCCCGGCAAAGCAGCCAUAUCCGCAUCGCUUGCGCUCUCAUGUCAGAGUCUCCGCGCGGUGACGAACGGCUUCUUCUCGCUGCUGCCGGCGCUGCAGGUGCUGGACCUGCGCUCCAACAAUCUCGAGAGUGUGCCGGAAUCGGUCGCUUGCCUCCGCCACCUGCGCAUCCUGCUUCUGGAUGGCAACGUUCUCUCGACAGUGCCGCGACAGCUUCUGGAUCUGCCUGCGCUCGCUACCUUGUCGCUCAGCUCCAACUACCUCACGCACUUCCCGGAUCGCCCCUCGUCCUUCGGGGGGGACGAGGCACGCGAGGCCCGCAGGCCGGGGGCAGGCGGCGGCGUCUCGCCGCUGGAGAAGCUGCACAUCGAGAGCAACUUCUUGGAUGACCUCUCCUUCCUCCUCGCGCCUGCUUCUGUCUCUGCAGCUCUGGCCGCAGAUCCCUCGGCGUCUCCGCCUCGCGGCGGCGCCCCGGCCGCGACCCCCGCCGCCGCCUGCGGGCCUGUCGGCGGCGCGGAGCCCUACGCCGACCUGCUCGCGGUACACGGCCAGCUCUUCUUCAGGAGGCUGCGCGUGCUGCAUGUCCACUGCAACGCCUUCACGCUCUUGCCGCUGGACUUGUACCUGCUGAGUGCCCACCUGGAGGAACUGUCUCUCGACUGGCUCCGGUACACGUCGCCGCCGCUCGCGCGCGUGGCGCGCGGCGAACAGCUCCGCUGCUUCCUCGCCCAGCUCCGCGCCGUUCAGGAGUGGCUCCACGGACGGGCCGCGGAGCUCGCAGCCCAGGUCGAGGAGACUCUCGAGCACGAAGCGGCAGAAGCCGCUUCGUGCUCGAGAGCCCGCAGAGGAAGUGCAGGACGGAACGUGCACAACACAGUCAGGCGGGACGAGGACUACCUUCUCUGCGGCGCCCAGCCCUGCCGGCGAUUCCGCGCUGCGCUGCGACGUCUCAAACAGGAAGAGGGACGCUGGGCGCCAGGGGAGGAGAAUGGCGAGGACUCGUUCUGGCCUCGAGGCAUCACUUCGGCGGGCUCGCCCGUGGACGCCGACGCGGCCCCGCUAGCGCCUUGGCUGGCCGCCGACCUCGCGGCCUCGGGGAACUGCUCGGCGUCACGAGGGCCUCAGGCGCCUGCGGCGCCGGCGGCGGACUCGGCCUUCCCGCGGGCCUGUCCCUGCUGUCUUUCUUUCCUUGAAUUUGUGUGCUUCUUCUCCUCUGGGCGGGAGUCAUGGGAGUGUCCGCUGAAGGCGCCGACGCCUCGUCUGCUCGCCGCGGCUCGCCACCUCGUGCGCCAGUUCCCGCCAGGGCCCUCCGGCGGCGACGGCCUCGCGGCCUCGUCCGCCUUCGCCUUUCUACUGCUCUCUCUGUGCACGCUGGAGAUACGUCUGUCGAUCUCGCGCGCCUUCGCCACCGACGCAAUUUUCGCUGUCGACGCCAAGCGCCGGACGCGCCUCCACGUUGCCGCGCUGGAGGGUCACGAAGGCGUCGCGCGGGCGCUCCUCCGCGCCGGCGAGCGCGCCGAGCUCAACGCCCUUGACAGCGACGGCAGCUCGCCGCUCCUUCUCGCCGUUAGAGAGUCCCAGUUCAACCUGGUGGCCUUGCUCGUGGAGGAAGCUGCUGUGCGCCUGCGAGAAGCCGCCGCGGCGGACGCGGAGGCUGAGAAGGAGACAGGAGCUCGUGAGGAGGUCGCCCGCGGCGGCUUUGCCCCAGACGGGAUCAACCUCGAGUCCGCCGCGCGUCUGCUGCCUUACCGCUUUCCGGAGCUGGCCUCUUCGCGCUCGCCGGUCUACGCGCUUCCGCAGUUCUUUGCUCCGUCGCCGCUCGCUCCUUCGUCUCCGCGCCCGGUAUCGUCGCCUUCGCCCCUCGGCGGCGCCCCGGCCGCCUUCUCGGCGACGCAGGCGGCGAUUCUCAGCGGCUUCGCGCUGCUGAACGCGGGGGCGGGGAUCUACGGGACACCUCUGCAUGUGGCGACUGUCUCCUUCGAGGUGGCCAUCUGCGCGUUGCUGCUCCACGCCGGCUGCGACCCGACUGCGGUCGACAGCGACGGCAACACUGCUCUCCACGUGCUGCUCUCGGUCUUCGAUAGAGGCUGCCCAGGCCUCGAGCCGCUGCUUCUCUCGUCUGCCCUGCGCGCCAGGAGCCGCACCAAAGCGCCUUUCCCUGCGGUCGCCCUCGCACGAGCUGCACCGCCCUCGUCGUCGCUGGCGGGUGCCUCGGGCGGCGGCGCGGCGUCUCUCCGCGUCUCCGCGGAUUCGAACGUCGACGAGGCAUCCGCCUCGCCCGCGCCGGAGGCGACCCCGAGUGAGUAUACGCGGGUCCGCUCGCGCUUCGUCGAUCUGCUUGGGCUGCCGCUGCCGCCGCCCCUCGAAGUGGCCUUGCUGCUGCUGCGCCACCCGCACGCAGAUGAUGGUCCGGGCGCGCGCUUCGUCGUCCUGCGUGGCGCCGGCGGCCACCCCGGGGGACGCGCGAGGCCUGCAGAGGCGACAGACGCCGGCGCGCAGGCCCAGCGCGCGGAUGCCAGUUCAGCCGGCGGCGCGGAGGACUCGGCGCAUCGGGACUCACGCGGUGCGCGCGAGUCUCGCGACGCCUCGAGCCCCUUCGCCUGCGCGGCGGUGCGCGUCUGCGUGCGCGCGAAUCAGCUGAACAACGACCUGUGGGGCGCUGUGCACCUCGCGGCGCGGCGCGGCCAGCGGAAGGCUCUCUGGUUCAUCGACGAACUGACGGAGGCGACCGACGCCCGCUGUCAGCGCGGACUCUGCGCGCACGCCGAACGUGUGGACUACCUCGCCCCCGCCGUCAGCCUCCUCGACGCGGCGCGGCGGUUUGAGAAGGCGGCGGAGGCCCUACAGCGAAGUGCUUCGCCGGCCGCCUCGCCGCGGGGCGCGGAGCUCACCAGCGAGCGAAAGAGCGGCCCAGACAAUGGCGCGCGCGCCGCGGCGGCAGACGAGGCAGACGCCAGGCGGAUGCAGGUGAGCGGUCGAGAGCGCGAGCCGAGGGCGCACGGGGGGCCGCGAAGGCCGCAGGACCGCAGCCGCGAGGAGGGAGAAGCACAGAGAGAAGCAAGCGGAGAGGAAACCCGCCAACUCGCGUACCAUGUCGUCGGUUUAGACGCGGCUGUGCCGGCGAGCUCGCAGCGCGGGCGGACGAGAGACCGCGAGGAGGUGCGUCGCACGGAGUCUUCAUCGCAUCUCGCGUCGCCGGCGCCCAGCGCGACGGCGCCGCCAGGUGGCGGUGCCGUCGCCUCCGCGGCCGGUGCUGCCUCUGUCUCCUCCUCUCAUGCGGUGAACCCGUUCCUUGUCGCGGCGUCGCAGAGAGCUCCUUCUUCGCGGCCGCCAUCGGCGAUGCCGCGCGUGGAGGCGCGCGACGGCGGUGGCGUGGCUCGAGAGCCAGACACCUCGCCAAGCGACGCGCGGACUCCGCCUGCGGCUUCGCCGCGAAGUCUUUGCGCCUCGCAGCGCGACACGCGCCGGCCGAUGGAAGAUCCGUCUCCGCUGCUGUGGGCACAGCUGCAGACGACGUCGGGAUGCCUCGUCGCGGCUCAGGCGACUUCCGCCGCUCUCUUUGCGCUUGUGAAGGCCACGGGGGGCAGUGAGCUGCAAGACGCGAGUGCCCUCGCCCGCUGUGCGUCUGGCGCGCGCGCUAACGGCCUCGCAGGCGGCGAGAGCGGCAGACGCGAGCGUGACGUGAUUGCGCCCGGCCUCCUGGCUGAAGCUGGCGACGUCGACAUCCUGCAGCACACGAUGCUCAAUCACGCGUGUCCCUUCGCCUUCGACCUGAACCUCCGCGGAGGCACCCACCUCUGGACGCCUCUCCACCUCGCAGCGCAUGCAGGAAAUCUCGACGUCGUGCAGCAGCUGCUGGACAGCGGCGCGAACGUGUGCGUGUUGAAUCGCCAGCGCCGCGCCUGCCAGGCCGUCGCGAGAGGCCAACAGCAGCAGGCCAUCGAGCGGAUUCUUUGGCAGCAGGAGCAAGUGGAUCUCUGGAAGGUGACGCACCGAACCGCGAAAAUGUGCUUCAGCAAGCGGCUUGGUCGUCGCCUUCGCGCGUCUGAGUCCAGCGCGCAAGACCCGCGCAGCCUCUCAGCGUCUCCGCCGGCCGCGGGGCGCCGGUCGCGUUUGUCCCUCGCCCUUUCUGAGGCCGCCAAGCGACGCGUCCACUCGGCGACCCCCGCCAGCUUCCUGGACAUGCCUGCGCGGCGCGGCGGCGCGACGCCGGAGGCCCUCGCAGCCUUGACUCGGGCGGCCGAUUCUGCGUCGCCUUCGCUCGGGCUCGACAUCCGACCGAUGCCUCCCCCAGCGCCUGAAGGGACCUGUGCGUUGCCUCCCUCGCGGGAUGCCUCGCCUCCCUCACGGCGUGCCUCGCCUCCCUCACGGCGUGCCUCGCCUCCCUCAGCUGCUACCGCGUCUGCCUCAGCUGCUGUCUCGUCUUCUACGCCUGCGAAGAGUGCUGGCGGAGGGGCUGCGGUCCCCGACGGCGCGAGAGGCGUCGGCAGGCCCGCGUACAGCGCCGCGGCCAAGCUGAACUUGAUGGACGAAGACGAAUUCUUCAGCGAGGCCGUCUACCUGCCGUCGGCGGCGGGCCCUGGCGACCCGCCCUCGGAGGGUGAAGCGCCGGCACUCGCAGAGUCGCCCUCAGAGGCCGCGCGUGCAUCGGCGAAGCAGACUGCCGGCGGCGAGCGCGGACGCCUCGCGGCAGCGAAGGGCGAGCGAGACGCUGAACACGCGCCUGCGUUCUUCGGGGGCUCGGCGUGGCAAGGUGUCGCCUCGAUGUCCUUCCAGUUCGUGCACAGCAUCAUCGAGGAGGUGACUCGCUCGCUGUCGAUGGAGGACGAACUGGAAAAGUGCGCAGAAAGUGGGGUUAGAGCUGCGCAGGCCGAAGUCCCCCGCGGCGUGCGGCGCCAAGCGCUCGCCGAGGAGGAAAGGCGCGAGGUGCCCAAACCGCAGGAGAGCGAAAAGGCGGAAGGCGCGCGCGCGCAAGCUUCCGCAGAGAGCAACGCGGAGAGUCGCGCAGAAGCGGAGCCGUCAGAGGCGCCGGAGGCGAGUGCGAAGGAGGAAGGGCGAGGCGCAGGCGACAAGGCGGGGGGCAGCGACGAGCGUGGCGACGCAGAGCGGCUGUGCGCCUUGCCUUGCGCCGAGGAUGAAGAGGAAGCAGAAGACGGGGGCGUCUGCAUCGCAGAUCCGUACGACCCUUAUGAGCGGCUCAACCCGCCCCUUUUUGCGUCGGAUCGUCGUAUUCUGGCUGCCUACAGCGGCAACUCCCUCCAGGCAGCCUCCGCGGCUACCUUCGCGGCGGCGCGUGCUCUCUCCACGCCCUCGUUUGCUUCUUUUGUUUCUGUCUCGUCUCAACCUGCAAUGAGGGUCGCUUCGCGCGCGUCGCUGUGCGCGUCCUCCGAGGCAGCUCCGCCCGCCGCUUGUUUUCCUCCCUCCUCGGGACUGCCUCUUGCGCAUGCGUCUCCAAGUGGCGCUUCUGCCUCUCCUCGCGUGCCCUUUGCGCUGCGCUGUGCCUUCUUCGAGAGGGCAACGCAGCCUCUGGCGCUCAUUGCGCUGGACGCCUUGCAGGCGGCCGCCGUGGAGGGCCCUCCGUUUCGGCUCUUCGCGCUUCUUUCGCAGAGUUUGGUGUCUUCGAGCGUCGCGGCCUUUGCGCCGCUCUCGAUCCACUCGCGCGAGGCCAAGUUCUGGCUGCAGGGAACUCGCAGCGCCGGCGAUGGCGACGCGGCGGAAAGCCCCGCGCCUCUCUUCCUGCUGAGGAGCUCGUACCCGCCAACCCGCAGCCUCCCGGAGCCUGACAGGUCGCGGGACGGGGCGGAGACCGCGACAGAGUCGAGAGGCGAGGGCGGCGCCGCGGAGGCGUCGGCAGGACGCUUGCGGGGGGCUGAUGCAGCCCUGUCGACCAAACACACGCCGAGACGCGCUGGAGAGCCUCCUGCGUCUGCAGGGCCGCUCCACAAGGCGGAGGAGGCGUUUUUCUCCGCCGACGACGACAGCAAGGAGAGCGCUGAAGACGCGACCGGCGGUGGGUCGCGAGGAGGAGGCGUGCACGCAACGAAUAGAGACGCGGCGGCUCGACGAGAAGGGCGACAACGGAACAGAGACGCGGUUGCCAAUAGCUCGUGCCGCGAGCACUCGCCAGACAGAAGUCGCUCGGCGCGGCUACGGCCGCGUCCGUCCCCCCUGUCUUCGUCCUUGUCGCAGACUCCGCCUUCGCCGAGUAGUCUCUUCUCUCCUCCUCCCCCAGCGCGGGGGGCAGGGGGCCCCUGCGCCCCUCACCGGUGUCGCUGGACAUCCUGUUCGUCUAUCUCGUCUUCUCGCUCGCCGUCGCUUUGCUUUUCGUUUUCUUCCACGUCCUCUGAGGCGAUGUCGCCCUCCGCCUCCUCGAGAGCCUCGUCGUCCUCCUGCGCGGAGGGCGCACUGUCGUCGGCAGCCUCUUCGGCGUCUCCCUCGAGGCUCGCAGCAUGCCACUCGGGCGACGGUUCCGCGGCCUCCGCGUCGCGCAAAGAGCACAGCGUCUUCUGUCCGUUGCGUGCCGCGGCGGCGUUGCCCGCUGGAGGCUUUGACUCGCACUUCGAUUUUCUCUCACCGCGCCGCCCGCCAGGCUGCGAAAGCGAGGGAGAGAAGGGCGCCAGCGAGGAGAGCGACGAAGAGUCGAUCCCGUGGGAAGAAAGCCCCUGCUGCUGCGGACACGGCCGCGCGUCUCUCGCGCAGAAGCAAAUGGCAGAUAACCCUUGGUGGACUCUCGUCGCGAGCACGACGAGCUGCAGUGAAGAAGACGCCGCCUGCGGCGGCGGAUCUCCAAAUAUAGGCCGCAGCCGCCGGAGAAGGCGCGCGUCAGGCGGCAGCGCGGCGGCGCAGAGGGGGGGGAGCGAGGCUCUGAAGCGAGGCGCGAGUCGACGGACGGAGGAGAAGGACGAGAGUCGGAAUGCCGAAGGCGCACUCAGCGCAGGGAGAGGCGACGAAGCCGCGCUCCGGGGUCGCGAAGGCGUGAAGAAGGACGAAGAAGAACGGCAAGGUGAAACCCGACGACGAGGCAGGCCGCGCCCGCGUUUGCCGUCGCAGGGGGGUGGAGGCCGGGGCAAGUCCAGCGACCGCAGCUCUUCGCGGCGAAGAGAACGAAGUUUGUUUUCGCGUUCGCGUCGCAGUAGGAAGGAGCUUCAGACGACCUCCUCUCUGCAGUCCGCCUCCUUUGAGCAAUUUCUCUUCGAGGAGCGCGAAAAGCGCCUCGGCGUAUUCGUUGGGAAGCUCGUCGCCGCGGACAGAGACGAGGCGCUGCUGCGGGAGGACCAGCACCCGCGAGGCGCGGCGCUCGACAGGCGACUUAAGCAGAAAGAAAGGCGCAGGCGGAAGCGAAUGGAGUACGCGAGAGGCGGCGAGCUGCGGCGCGCAGAUCAAGAUGCCUGGAGUCUCCUCAUGCUCGCUGUGGCUCAUGGAAACGAAGACCUCACCGUCAUGAUUCUCGACACGCUACUCCCGAGUGAGCCUGCUCUUCACUGGACAGCGAAAACGAGCCUUUCUUCUCGGCGCAGCGCGCCCAGCGUGAUGGCCUAUGCGUGGGAAAAGCGGCGAGCACUGCUGAUGCGGACGCCGAUUUUUUAUGACACCCUGCUGAUUCUCCUUGCUCGCGGCAUCGCGAUUUCGCACCGUCUCCCAGGACUCGCCAGUCCUUCGCCCUCAAUUUCGCGGCAGCAUCUGCUGCACGUUUUGAUGGCGCUCGACGUUGGCGAUCGCGGGGCCUCUCCUCUCUCUUCGCCUCUCCCGGUUUCCUCUUCGCGCUCCUCGGGAAGCUCGCUGGAUCCCCGCGCGCUGCUGCUUCUGCAGACGAACAAGAACGGCGUCUUUCCUCUCUUGGCCGCGUGCAUGGAAGGCGACUUCGCAUUGGUUUCAGAGAUGCUGCUUUACUGCUCCCCGGCUGUCUGCGUCUGCGGGGAGGAUUUAGAAGGGCGCGACGCACAGGAGGAUGACGACAGCGCCAGGCCGGAGGAGCAGCGCACCAGGUUUUCCAAGGUUCGCGCGCUGCUUCAGUGUGUCGUCGCCGCCGUGGACCGAGGUCACUACGCGAUUCUUCUUCGCCUCCUCUACCAGCCGCUGGUGUCGUGCGUCACCUGCUCACUGGGGCGCGGCGCCCUCUUGUCUGUGCCCUGCGCGGCGUCGCUCUCCACGCUGUCUCUGUCCCAAUCGCAGCCCCUCGCGGGCGCGGGCGACGCAGAGGAUGUGGCGGCGGAAGGCCCGCGGCGCCGCGGAGCAGAGGCCGAGCUGCGCCGCCGCGAAGAACAAGUUUUGCUGCUCACGCGCCUGCAGGCGGUCACCACUGCGCUGCAGCGGCGCGACUACCGCGCGCUUGCCGUCCUGCUCAACUCGGGUUUCUUCCCCCCCGCAGCCGUCCUGUCGGCCGGUGUGACGCUCGCCUUCCUCGUCAGAGAGCAGCGGAGUCUCCGCGAAGACGAGACAAAGCGGCGCGCGGAGGAGGGCGACGAGGCCGCCGAAGCGGCAGCGGGGGAGGCGAAGCGGCGUAGCCCCCAGGCAAGCGCGGAGGGCGAGGACGUAGGCGAGCCAGGGGCCUCCUGCUCUGCUGCGCGAGCGAUGGAAAGCCGCGAAGAGGAUCUUGAAACAAAGUCCCGUGAGAGCGAACGCCGCACCCCUGCGCCGGAGGAAAGACGAGACGCCCUCGCCUCGCUCGACAGACGCCUGAGAAAGCUCGGCGCGAAUCUGCUCGGUCGGGCGAAGCUGCGCGGCGGAGACACCGGCGGACGAGGGGGCAGGCCGCUUGGGGCGCGCGCAUCGCGAGCGGGCGAGCCUGCUGCGGAAGGCGCGACUGAGGCCAAGAGCAAGAAACGAGACAGCAGGACGGCUGAGGGAGAGGGAGGAAAGGGCGAAGCAGAGGGCACCAGAGACUGCGUCGCAGGCAGAGACGUCGAGGCUCAGUGGCGGGCGAUUCACAAGGUCGCCCAUCAAAUGAAACGAGAAGCCUUCCUGGCGCUCAUGGCUGCGAGCAAGCGAGCCGCCAGGCGGACUGCAGGUGACGCCGACGUCUUGCUCCUCUCGCUUCUCGGCGCGCACUAUGUGGCGGCGAUCUCGUCCCUGGAGUUGUGUCCGCUGAUGCAGCACUCCUCGUCUUCCGCGCCACCGGAUGCGUUCCCAGCGGCGUCGCCGUCCUCGUGUUCGUCUUCGUCAUUCCUUUCUCCGUCCUCGUUCUACUCGUCGCCGCCCUCGCCGCGGCCGUUCUUCUCGCCGACCUCCGCCAGCCGCGCGCUCGAUCGCACGCGCAGCUCCUUCCGACCGGCUUACUACCCCGUCAAGGCGGAGGAGUCCUGCGCGAACGGCGCGACGCUGUCGCCUGCGAGUGCGGCGCGGCGAGGGGGCGGGGGGGCUGGCGCGCUGCGGCCGCCUGCCAGCCGCCGCGACCGGAGCGAGAGCGGGAUCGUGGCCUUCCGGCCGAGUGAGGCAGCGGAUGCAUUCGACGAAGCGGAGCGAAAUAAAGACGACGCGCUGACGCUCCAGGCGUCCUCCGCGUUGUCAGCGCUCUCGAGCUUUGGCGAUGUGGACGAGGAAGACAGAGGCAGUCGGGCAGAAGGAGGCGCGGAUCGCGACGAGGCGGUAGAGGCGGCGGAGUGGAGACUGCCUGUAAACUUGACUCUGUCCGCCUCCGCGGCGGCGGUCUUCCUGUUCGCGCCUUGCUCUUCGGCCGCACCGCCGCUCUUCCCCUUCGCGGCAGCGGUGCUCCUGGGCACCGCCGCGCUCGCCUCUUGCUACCUUUCCUGUCGCGACUGCGGCACCGAGAUGGCGCCGGGCCCUGCGCGGUCUGCGCUUCUGUCUCUCUUCACCUCCUCGCCGGUUUCGUUCGCCUCUGCGCGCUCGGGCUUCCUGGCCAGACAGCUCCUCGUGCCCCGGGCGUCGCCCCUUGCGCGCGUGGAGCCCGGGCCGCAGGCGGCCCUGCCGCCCGCGCCCAUGUCCGCGCUCUCUUCGCCGGUCUCGGCGCUCGCGUCCGCGUCGCUGUCUCUUCCGCUGGUCGUCUGUGAAGGCGCAAAGGCCCAGGCGUCUUCGCUGUCCUCUGUCUUUGUCCUGGAGAAGCGCCAAACGCGCAUGAUCAUCUCAGUUUUCUCCCGCGAGUCCCUCGGGAUGUCUGCCGCGCCGCCCUCGCCCUCAAGCGCCGCCUGCGCGGCCUGCUCGCUGCCCGCCUCACCGUCGGCGCAGGCGGCGCGGGGGGGGGCGACUGCUCCCCUCCCGUCGCCGGCCGCGAGAAAGGAGACGAAAAUGGGCGCUCACCUCCGCGUUCCGGCCCCUGGGUUCCUACUGUCUCAGUACCGCGCAGGCUCUCACUCGGCCUCGAGUUCGCCGCGCCACUCCACUCUGACAGGUUUGGGCUCAAGCAAAGGAGUCGACUUUCGAGACGGGGCGCUGCAGAGACACUCGCGCAUGGAUGAUAUUUACCUCGUCGACGGCGAAGGGAUGCUUUGCCAGUGCUGCGGGUUUUACUACUGCGCGCCAUGUCUCGUGACGCUUGAGAGUCCUCUCUCCCUCCCUUUGCUCCACGCGGUCGCCGCUGGUCGCUGCCAGCCACUCCUCGUGCUGCACUCCCCUCCCGCUGCCGCGACGCCGAGGUUCGAGCUGCGCAGCGGGGCGGUCUUCCAGGAGGCGGCACCCCCCCGCGCGCAGCAGAUGGCCAAAUGCUGCGGCGACCACGCGGACGACAUUACGAAGCCGACGCCGCCUGACAGCGUCAUCAACAGCGGCGAAGACUCCCGCUCUGCGGGUACCGACCGCCUCGGCGGCUGUCUGUCGCCGUCCGGCGCGCCGUCGGUUGCCUCCGCUUGCUUGUCGAGUCCAUCCGCCGCGUGCGAGCCCGCGAAAGCGGCGUCGGCGUCGAAGGAGGGCAUCGUAGCGGAGAGUGGAGACGCGGCGGGGGCCGCUCACGGCGAGAAGAGAGCCUCGUUCGCGUCGGCGCUCUCUGCAGGCGAAGCCGCCGCGCACUCCGUCAGGCGGGAUGCGGAGCGGAGAGUCGCAGAAGGUCAGGAGCAAGGGGCACCGCCAGCCGCUGUCGGGGCCAGGGAUGCAGCGCGGCUUUCCGCGCGCGCAUCUUCGCGGUGUUCGUCGGUCUCCACGCAGCCGGCCGGGCGUCGGCACGGCUCUCCAGGGCGACUCGCUGCUGAGCGUGAAGGCGCAGAGACGGUCUCCGUCGCGUCGUCUCCAAUAGCGAGUGCCGGUCAGGCUUCGCUGGAGGAGGGCGACGGACGGGGCGCUGCUGCGCCCGUGCCGCAUGCGCGGGCUUCCGGAUUUUUUGGGCAGCUUGCGAGGUCUCGGAAGCGGAAAACGCCGCAGAAGUCGGCGGUCUCCCAGCCGGCGCAUGCCUCGCUGACGUCGACGGCCGCCGCCGCCCGCAGCGAGCGAGGCGCAGGCAAGCCGUUUGCGUCGGUUCGGAAUCGCCUCUUUUCGGGCUUCCGCCGCACCCGGCCGGGGUCUGCGACGUCGCCUCGGCGGAGAGAGAAGGUGGCGGGAGAGGCGGCAGAAGAUGGAGAGCACCAGGACUGCGCGAGGGCCUCCAAGAGUCGCGUUGUCGCAGAGACGCGCCCCAAGCCCUCUCGGCCGUGGGGCCACGGAGCUGUCUCCGUGACUGCGGAAAGUCCUCAAGGCGGCGAUGACGCGGCGAGGCCGAGGGGGGAGCCUGGAGAUGAGGCCUCGCAGCGCUGGAGCCUCGAUGAUUCGACGGCUCUCCUUGCGUCGCCUUCGCUCUCCCGCGAAACUGACGCGGCACUCGAGCCUCCAAACCACUCGCCUCUUCUCUGCUCGUCGUCGGCGUCGGGUAUUUUGGCGCCGUCCUCGGGCGCCUCGCCGGGCUCGCCUAGCCACGCAGAGGAGAGGGCGGAGGGCAAGCGCAUGCCCCGGCGCUGGACAAGUCUGGAGCGCCUUGAGCGCGAGCACACGCGGCUACAUGCGCGUCGCAUGCAGCAGAAGAAACUUCUCGCCUACCUUCCACUUUUCCGCUUGCGGAGACGCAUCGACGUGCUGCGCUGUCUGGAGGCACGCGAGAGCGCCUCCCGCGAGGCAGCCGACCCAGCCCUCCUCAUGACGCCAGACGCGCUGGCGCAUACGAACAGCGCGCUGGCGCUUCCUCGCAGAGGAAAAAACUGCCACGCGCCGGGAUCGUCGAUGGCAGUCAGCCGCAAGACGCCGAGCCCACCCGCUGUGCGCUUAUGCGUACACUGCGCCGCGUUCUACAGUAUGGUUUAG